GGUUGUUGUCAACCUGCUUCUCCCGUCUAGUGGAUACGAACGUGCUGGUUGUAUGCUUGCAUAGUCAUUUUGUGUCAUAGCUUAAGGCGAGCAUGGAAGUGAGGACAAUACAGGACUAACACUCUGGAGCCUCCCUCCAACAUGUGGCUGUGGGGCAGCGCUAGAACUAUCCGGAGGAGGAUGCUGUGUUUGUGGUUGUUGCUCGUCGGAUUGCUUAUUUUGGCACUCUCUGAUCUCUUCAACGGUGGCACUCCGCAGGAACCCGCAACUUCACGGCGGACCCUCGGUCCACCGGACGACUUGGAUCUCAUGGUGCAAUCCCAAAACGCAGCGUUGGAGCUUGUAGCUGACUUCCCCAUCAACUCUCUUCAAGAGGACCAGCUUCUGUUCGUGGGGUCCACGCAGGGCACGAAGAACCCUCCGCACAAUAAGAAGUGGGGUUACAAGGUGCUCCUGCCUGCAGCGAAGAAGCAGGAUCGUGAGUGGAAAGAAAAAGUCUCACUGCCUGAGGUGCGACACCCCGAGUGUCUAGGGGAGCUGUAUAGUGAAUCACUGCCUUCUGCCAGUGUUGUCAUCUGUUUUCAUGACGAGGCUUGGGCCAUUCUUUUACGCACGUUGCACAGCGUCCUCAACACAGCACCUAAAGCCUUUUUAAUGGAGCUCCUUCUAGUGGACGACUUCAGUACUCAGGAUAACCUGAAGACUAUGCUGAGUGAGUAUGUGUCAAAUCUGGAUGGGGUGCGUUUGAUCCGCAGCACUAAGCGUCUGGGUGUAGGUGGGUGUCGCAGCCUGGGUGCAUCCAGAGCUUCAGGGGAGGUCCUGGUGUUCAUGGACUCACACUGUGAAUGCCACAGUGGCUGGUUGGAACCACUCCUGGAGAGAGUGGCCCAGGACAGGACCAGAGUAGUUUCCCCGCUCAUGGAUGCGAUCCACUGGCAGACUUUUCAGUACAACGCCACCCAGUGGCCAGUGUGGGGAGUUUUCAACUGGAACCUGGACUUCUAUUGGGAAUCCAAACCAGAAGUGCUGGACAAGGACCCAGACUUGGCGGUUGAACCUGUACUGAGUCCAGCAUUAGGAGGAGGGGUUCUGGCCAUGGAUAGACAUUUCUUCCACAAAGUGGGAGCUUAUGAUCCCGGGAUUCUGCUGUGGGGAGGGGAGCAAAUUGAGCUGUCGAUCAGGGUAUGGUCAUGUGGGGGCUCCAUGGAGGUGGUUCCGUGCUCCCGCGUGGCCCUCGUAGACCACCAGCACCACCUGCCCUACCGUUUCCGAGACCAGGAGCAGAUUGAGAGGAACAAGAUCCGCAUAGCCGACACCUGGAUGGAUGCAUACCGUAAGAUCUUUUACAGGAGGGACACUUUGGCUCAUUUUAUCAGGCAGUCUGAGAGCUCGAAUAUUACUGAGCGCCUGCUGCUGAAGAGGACUUUGGGCUGUCGGGACUUCCACUGGUACCUGACAACAGUUUAUCCCCAACUUUACAUUCCUCAGGACAGACCAGGACUGUCAGGCGAGCUGUACAACAUCGCAUCUGGCGGCUGUGUGGACUACCGCCCUGGGCAUGGUGGAGCCAUAAUCAUAGCGCCAUGCAGCGGGACAGGCAGCCAGCACUGUGAUCUAAACUCCGAUGGAGAAGUGCGAUGGGGUCCUGAGGGGGUUUUGUGUAUGGUUGCCGCUGAAGAGCUGGUGGUCCUCUCUGAGUGUGCGAGCCACCCACCAAUCAGCAACAAGCACCAGUGGAAGUUCAUGAAGCUGAGCGGCCAGCUGGUGCACCAACAGUCUCAGUUGUGUCUGGAAGCUGUGAAACAGAGCAUCCCACUGAGCGAAGUCGGCUCCCACUCAAGUGCGGGCGAUCUCUUCCUGCGGCCCUGCACACCUCAUUCCACACAACAGUGGCACUUUGAGCAACUGGUGUCUCCCUAAUGAGCCGAAAAUGGACUUUAGGAGUUGCAACAUGUGAAUGCCAGGUAUUAUUAGGUAUAAAUAGUGACUCACAGUAUGUUAAAAUGUUGGAGAUAAAUAUUCACAAUAUGGACAAAACGUGUAGGGCACACCUGCUAAUACCACCUGAAUCUUAAUUGUUUAUUUUACCUAGGUCCUUGAUGGCACGAUUGACCCUCACAGCGACCUCUGACACACUCCAACAUUUAGUAGAAAGUCUUCCCAUAAGAAUGGAAGCUUUUAUUUAUUAUUAAGAAAUGCCAUAUUUUCCUACCUUCACAGUAUUUUUGUCCAUAAAGUGUGCAUUUGUAUUAUAAGUAGGGCUGUCACAAAUAGUGCGUUAACGGUGGUAACUGAUUAAUUUCAUUAAUUAGGUUAAACUGUUUAGUGUCAUUAACGUAUGCGCAUCACGUCGAGCCACAUCUCGCUGUUAUGCCGACAGACGGCGGCACAGUGUAGCGUCCCCGCAGUCGCAGAGUUGGCCUCUCUCACAUCAACGGCAGUGCAAUUCCAACACCAUAUAUGUAUCUCCAACUCACAAACACGUCUCUAGUCAGCUCGUCCUGAGAACGAGACUUCCUCAUUGUCACUCGGUGACAGCGAGGCGCAUUGACAGACACUCCGAAAAUCGCAACGUCUUUAUUAUGUGUAUGUGCGGUCUAAAUAAACAGAAAUAGAAAGAAAAACAACAAGUGGAUUUUUAAAAUCACUCUCUUCAUAACUGUUAAUGCCGAAGUACAAUAUGCUGCAUUUAAGUAUGCUCGGAAAUCCCAGAAACUACACUCAAAACGUGAAUGCAACUUAAGUUGUAUGGUGUCUUUCACCGCAACCCUACAUGGCUCAUUAUAACGAGGUUAAAAAGUGUGAUUCAAAUGUUGUGCUACUAUUAAAGAGACUAGCGUUAGCUGUAAGUCGAUUUUCAGACAUCUUUUAGCUUGAUUUCAAUUUCCAUUUCAUUUGAAGCUGUUAAUACAUACAAAUUGUCCAGUCAUUUAUCUUUCUGUUUAUAAAAUACAGCAAAAAUUGCCGUAUUUCACACACAACGGUGAUUAAUUAUGAUGAAUUAAUUUGAAACCCGUGACUAAUUUGAUUACAAAUUUUAAUCAUUUGACAGCCCUAAUUAUAAUACAUUUUGGAUAACACUUUGCCAUAUCACUGCGGUUUUCCUGUUUUAAGGAUUAUUGUUUGUACUCUCAUAUUUUAAUAUACUCAGACUACAGUAUAUUAGCUGAAGAACAUGAUUUUUUUUUCAAACUGCUAACUUAAAGUGCCAUCGUACAGUACAUGUGUGUUUCCCACCAUAUUGUAAGUACACACGUUUCAUUACACUCGGAAAUUAUUAUAUUAUUAUGUAUUGUAUAUUAUAAUAUUACCAGUAUUAUUUAUUCAUUCAUCAUUAUUAUGAAAUAUCUUUAAAAUAUGAAUCAAUACAUUGAAACAGUUUGUAUCUGUGGACCUGGUUUGCACUUUAAACCGUCAUACAGCACCAAUGAACCACGCAUUGACGCUCUUACUUUGAAAACACAAGUUACAUUUCCUUCCAUCAGCAGCAGAGGGAGCAGUUUGCCUUCAUAUUCUCCCUCCUUGCACACUUUGCUGAUGCUUAAGCUGUGGUAUACUGUGUGAGUGUGAGAGCGAUUGCAGCCUGUCAUGCCAUUAGCGUCCGACAAACAAGUGUCACGUGCUGGGUCACUUGAUACAAUUAGAUACGUUUCGAACAAAAGUCACAAUUCAAGAGAAGAAAUGGGAGACCGCGUGGGGGAAACGGGGGAAGACCCUGACACACUACAAGGACCUCUCCUUGCCUGAAGUCAUUGGGAGCUAAUAGCCGCUUUGACUGUGUCACAUUAAAAAGCUCUUGGUGCACUUAGCCCAGUCAAGUGCGUGGCACCUUUUCAAUGAAAGGCUGUCUGCAGCUCCAAGGCAAAGAGGUCAGAGACUCAUAACGUGAUGGUGAUUAAUACUGCGCAAUGGCUUCUCCAAGUUACAUAAGUGCUGUGUAUGGGCUACGGCCAUGAUGUAAAAAAUGCUUUAUCGCUGCUCGGGGUCCUCCAGAGGUCACGGCGGAAUAGUAGAUUGUGGCAUGACAGAUUUGAUUUGUUUUUAAUGGGUUCGGACAACAUCAGGUACACCUGCACAUUCUAAUUACAUGCAGUACAGUACAGUACCAAGAUAUUAAUGCUUAUUUUUGAUUAGCACUAUCAAAGAUGUAUUAAAUUAGCAAUAUUUACUGAAUAAGCAAUACCUGUCCGUCAAUACUGAGCAUUAUUGGAUCUCUUUAGAAACUGGCCUCCUGUGUUACUUUGUGUCUUGUCAGUAUAUAACUUUUAUAAACCUCCACCUCAAGCUUUAACUUCAAUUGAAUGGAACACUUUUCAAGUUAACAGAAAUGUCUAAUUGUCUACUUAAAAAGUUCAAGUGUUUAAAAGGUUAAACAUAAAAUGCUCCAUCUACAGUAUGUAAGAACUGUCAGGAUGUUGAGACUGACUCAACAGCGUCUGUGGUGGUAUACUGGAUGUGUUAGCCACAACAUUGACAAGCAUUUUUUGAUGUCAUUGAUUUAAAUCUUAUAAUUAUUUAUCCCCGAAUUUAAUAAAAGUCACAAACGUAUUUUUCACUAGUAACAAAUAAGCAAGUGGUGAGAAAGACAUGCGCGAGUGACUUCAUCAUUUCUUGUAUUGAUCAUUAAGGCUGAUCAUAAAAAUUCAAACCAAGGUUUGAACUUUUUUUGAGAGUGUUUAAACAAGAGAAAAAUGUGAGAAAAUGUUAUUGCCUGUCUGAGAAAAGUGUAUAAAGUGUAUGGUGAGGGUUUUUUACGGCCUUAAAAAAAUUAAGUUGGCUACUUCACGGAUUUCACUUAUUGCGCACUAUUUUGAGAACAUACCCCUGCGAUAAACGAGGGAACGCUGUACUAUAUUCUAUAUCAGGUUACUAUAUAAGGUUACCUAUACUAUAUGAUACCUGUACUACACUGCACUAG